ACUACGACUUCCGGGAUUUGAAGACACAACUCGUUUCUUUGUAAUAAUUUGCGUUUCUCGUAGUUAAAGUGAAGGAGCAUAAAACAUAGUUUGUCUUUAACUUCUGCUAGGAUUGAUACAUUAUCAAGAAGGGAAUAAUUGUUCCGUCCAAAGAAAAAUAAAUACUUUUUCAAUAGAAAAAUAGACAUUCACAUAGUCUCGACAAAGAGGAGAUACAACUCAUUCUAAUCUUUGACAACUUAGUCCUAGUUUUUGAAGAAUAAUCCUCAGUAUAUUCCUUGCUUUUAAUUUGAGAUAGACCCAUCUAUUCUUUGUUAGAAUCCAUUUAAUAUAAUUACCUUCUAAUGAAAUGGAUUUUUCCAUUUUGUUUUCAUAAUUUUCACAAAAUUGUUCAUUACAUCACCACUCCGCAUCGCAUGUUCGUGGGGGUUGUGGUUUUGUGUGCUGGAGAGAUCAAGACUGAGCAACGUAAUCUGAUAUGUUUAGCUGCCUUCUCCGCUGGCCCAGCAAAUUACGACACGCCGGUGGAAAUUUUGGAAGUGGAACUCGCAGGAAAUAACUGAGGAGAUUGUAUUGAGUUGAUAAUCACCAUGUCUGGAUCAAGAUUUGGUGAUGCCGCCAAGGCUGCUAAUGGAUUUGGACUUUUGGUCAAGAGCUUUGUGGAUGGUCAAUGCAAAGAAGUAGGCCAGAUCUGGGCUAACUCUAGUUUAAGGUCAGCUGUCCAAGGUAUCCAGACCAAGACAGAAGAGAGGGUCAGUGAUGCAUGGAUGAAUUUAAACAAGGCUGAGAAAAAUGAUGAUUGGGGUGACUCCAUUGUGACAAGUGAUCCUGAAGAAUGGGGUGAUACCUUUGCUGAGUCAGCUUCUCAGUUUGCUGCUGAAGACUUGACAGCAGCUCAUUCUUCCAGAGAAAAUGAUCCACAGGGAACAGCACCCUCUAGAGGUUACCAUACUUUAGCAAGUACUGCUGCUGCUCGGUACCGGUAUAGGGUACACAGUGACAUUUCUCGCAGAUACUUUAACUCCGGAGCUGUUUCAGCUGACGACAUCGGGAAGACAAAAAGUUCAGGGCCAAAGAUACCACCUCGUAAGCCUGCUGCUAGACCAAGAAUAAAACCAACACUCAGUGCCCAAGCUAAAGAGAGAACAGUUCCAUCAUCAAGAAUGAGUAGAGUUCUUAAUUUUGGAGGUCUAGCUGCUGGUAUUGGAGUUGGAGCUCUAGCAGAAAAAGUUAAAAGAGGUUUUGGGUUAGAAGAAAAUGGUAAGAUAGACUCAAAUAUAUUGUUGACAGAAGCUAAUGCUGAGAGAAUAGUAGAUACACUGUGCAGGGUGAGAGGUGCUGCUCUUAAACUGGGUCAAAUGCUUAGUAUUCAAGAUAAUACUCUUAUCAGUCCUGAGCUUCAAAAGGUGUUUGAGAGAGUAAGGCAGAGUGCAGACUUCAUGCCUCUAUGGCAAAUGGAGAGAGUGCUAAAGCAGGAAUUAGGUGAUGGCUGGAGAAGUAAGGUUGCAUCGUUUGAAGACAAACCUUUUGCGGCUGCUUCAAUAGGUCAAGUCCAUCUAGCAACAAUGCAUGAUGGGACAGAAGUUGCUAUGAAAAUCCAGUAUCCUGGAGUAGCUCAAGGUAUUGAGAGCGAUAUCAACAAUCUUAUGAUGCUUCUUAAGAUGUGGAAUGUGUUACCUGAAGGUUUGUAUGCUGAGAGUGCAAUAGAAGUUGCAAAGAAGGAGCUAGGAUGGGAAGUAGAUUACAUCAGAGAAGCCGAGUGCUGUGAGAAAUUCAGGAAACUGAUAGAAGGAGAUCCAAUCUUUAUGGUUCCAAAGGUUAUUCCUGAACUUUCAACAAAAGAGGUCAUCACAACAGAACUAGUAGAUGGAAUAUCAUUAGAGAAAGCUGAAGAUUUGAGUCAAGAGCGAAGGAAUGAGAUAUGUGUUCAUAUUUUGAGGUUGUGUUUGAUUGAACUGUUUGAGUGGAGAUUUAUGCAGACUGAUCCUAACUGGUCAAACUUCCUCUUCAAUGAAGAUACAGGAAAGAUAACUCUGCUAGAUUUUGGUGCAUCAAGAUACUAUGACAAGUCAUUUGUGGAUACUUACAUAAAGGUGAUCCAUGGUGCAGCAUGUGGGGAUAGAGAAGAAGUGUUGGUAAAUUCACAAAAGCUUCAAUUCUUGACUGGUUAUGAAUCAAAGGCAAUGGAAAAUGCCCAUGUAGAUGCAGUCAUGAUCCUUGGUGAGCCAUUCAGAUCUUCAGAGCCGUUUGAUUUCUCCACGCAGGAUACAACUAAGCGUAUCCAUGACCUAGUCCCUGUCAUGCUUCGAGGUAGAUUGACUCCACCUCCGGAAGAAAGCUACUCACUACAUCGGAAGAUGGCUGGUUCUUUCCUACUCUGUACCAAACUUAGAGCUAAGAUUUCUUGUAAAGACUUGUUUGAUGACAUCUAUAACAGAUACCAGUUUGAUAAGGAAUGAAUGUUUCUGGACAGCUUUGCUGAGAGUGGAAAUUUUACUUGUAAUAUACAAGGAAUAUAUGCAAGUCAACAAAAAAUUGAAUUUCAUAAAUUAGGAAGUUUCUAUUGAUAAACUCUACCAAGUAGUACAGGAGAUGCUAGAACUUAUCCGAUGGCAAAUAGGCCUAUUGAUUAAAGUCAAUCUCUUGAAUCCUUUUUUGAAGCUCACCAGUCCAGCAUUUUUUAAAGGAAUCCCUAACCCAUCUGAUUAUUAUGAGAAGUUUCAAUGUCAGAUCCAGUCCAAUAGGAUGUGAUAGACAGUGAAUCAAACUCAAAUAAGAGUUCAGAUUUAUUGAGCUAAAUACUUGCAAUUGUUUCAUUGGAAAUAAUGAAUGCUUCUUGACUCCUUGUUUUGAACUCUAAUAACAACUGCAGGAACUACAUUGAGCUCUUUUUUAGGAUAGAUUUCAAUUUCCCUCUUUUAUCACUCUCAUCUUGGGUUUGCGAUCCAGCAUUUUAUGUGGUACUUAUUUAUUUUUCCUAACUCAAAUGUAUUUUCAUUUAAAGGUCAAGUCCACCCCAGAAAAAUGUUGAUUUGAAUCAAUAGAGAAAAAUCAGACAAACAUUAAUGCUGAAAAUUUCAUCAAAAUCGGAUGUAAAAUAAGAAAGUUAUGACAUUUUAAAGUUUCGCUUAUUUUUCAAAAAAUAGUUAUAAGCGCAAUUUAGUCACAUGCAAAGGAGAGAAUCGAUGUUCCUCACUCACCAUUUCUUUCUUUUUUAUUGUUUGAAUUAUACAAUAUUUCAAUUUUUACAAAUGUGACAAGAAGGACCAAUUUAACUGAACCAUAAAAUGUUGAACAAAAGUAAUUCCACAUGUUCAGGGAGAAAUAAAACUUUGUUUCACAGGACAAUAAGGAAAAAAUUAGAAUAUUUCAUAUUUCAUAUAAUAAAAUACAAAAGAAAUAGUGACGUCAUCAGUUCCCUCAUUUGCAUACCGAUCGGGAUGGGCAGAUAACUAUAUUCUGAAAUCAAGCGAAACUUAAAAAUGUCAUAACUUUCUUAUUUUUCAUCAGAUUUUGAUGAAAUUUUUAGUGUUAUGCUAAUUGGAUUUUUCUCUUUUUAUUCAAAUAAACUUUUUGUUGGGGUGGACUUGUCCUUUAAGUGUAGCAAGUGUAGGUUGCAUUCUUGCCAGGAGGCAUUGAUGAGAUGGGACUUGAAUCAUUGAUCUUUUGAUAGUCUGUCAAUGACUUCUCCCAGGGAUCUGUUGCAAAAGACUGUUUACAUGAAUCAGGGGUGUGAGAGUUCAGAUUUUUAUCUGAUUUCAGAUUUUUUUUUCCAGCUUAAUUUCAGCUUAUUUUUGGCCUUCCUCUGUACAAAAAGUAUGGGAGCUCUUUCUAUUUCAGACUUUUUCAACACUCUUCAGCUUUUUUCAGAUCUUUUUAUUUGUGACCACUCACACCCCUGAUGAAUGGUAACUGCAAUGGAAAAUUUUCAUUUUAAUUAGCUUUUGAAGGAUUUAACCAUGGAUGGUAGAUAGAAUUGAUGACAACUUUACUUACUGAUCAGUUUUCUGUAACAGGGCUGGGGUAAAGGCAAAUAUCGUAGAAUCAUUCUUUAUGGUACAGAUAUCAGUUUAAUGAAGUAUGAAGUCACUAUUUAAUUUAUCCAAUGAAUGACUAUAAUGUUCAGUAUUAUUUAGCUUAUACCAAAAACCCUUUUGACCAUUCAAUCUGAUAUUGAAUGAUACAGGUUUUACUUGGCUUGUGUAGUUUGUAAGUCAACAUUUGAAAGAAUGAGAAAAAAGAAUACUUAAGAUAUUACAUAUACAUGUAUGUAUAUCCCUGUAUUUUAUUGGUUUUAUCUUAUAUUUUGAUACCUAUAUAUUACUGUAUGAAGAUUUAAUAUUUUUUGUCACUAAAUUUCAUUAAUUGUAGAAGAAAAAAAGAUUUUUUUUUCAAGUUGAUAAAGUGUGCCAUAAUGCUACACAGGUGUAGCAUUUUGAGAAUUGUAUAUCUUCACUGCGGUGAUUCAGUGCUCGCAUAACUGAGGUGAGUAUAGAAAAAUCUUUCUUUUCAUUAUAAUGUGAACAAGUGUGUGAUAUAAAAGUGUACCUUAGUCGUAAUCCGAUUAAACGAUUAUUAACAAUUUCUAGUUGAAUUUAAUAUCAUCAAGUGUAAAUAAUAAUUUAAAAAAUACCAUAUCUAUGAAUGAAGAUGGUAUGGUUUGGACUCACAUCCAUAUCCCUGUCAGCAUGGUCAUUUACUUUGGACCUAGUAUAGUGGGUCAACAUAUUUUAAAUGAAUCAAGAUCUUUAGGAAAUACCUUCUGUGACCUUCUCUGUCAUCUGCUGGAGAAAGGUUAAUGGAUUUUUGAAAAUUAUUUACAGUUCUGCUCAAAAGUUAUGGAACCUAUUACAAAAUGCACUUCUUCAUGCCGAUUGUUGAAUGUAGACAUCACUACAAUGUCCGGCGAGAAACAAACUUUAUUGAAUGUAAUAUUUUAUCGCCCGACUUCACAGUUUAUUAUUUAAGACAUGGGCAGAACUCGAACACUUCGAAUAUGUUCAUUUUCUGGUGAGUUUCAUUAACUUUUGAGCACCACUGUAUAUUAUGCUAUGCACUAUUAAUAUGGAAUGAUGUAUGAAAAUAAGAUUUCAGGGUUAUGGAAAGAUGAGAUUGCAUGUCUGAUUCUCAUGUUUAUGUAUCUUUCUGCAUAAUUUUCUAUUCCUGUUUUUCACUUAUAUUCUGUUUUUUUCUAGGCAUAGUUUGUAUACCUCACUUUUUAGACUAAAAGGGCAUUUUUAUUGGGCAUAAUUAUUGAGGCCACAAGGUAACUUUGUUCAUAUUGAUGUAGAUUUCAUUACCUACAUAAUAUGAAGUCAAUAUAGGCAAAUUUGGCGUAAAUGGUGUUUUUGAUUGUAUACUUCAUGCCAGAAAGAUUUAUUUUGCAAUGUUUUAGACUUACAGGUCAUAAGGUAUCUAUGAACAUAAUGCAGGAUUAUACUGGAUUGGAAACAUCAAGGACAGGACAUUAUUUAGGAAUUGUGAUUCAUUAGAUUAUGCUCAUGAGGAGGGAAAAUAUGAAUUGGAUUUUUAACAUCAAGUCAAUAAAAAAAAGGAUUUCAGAACUGAAAAACCAUGCAUUUUCAUGGUAUUGUCAAAGUGACAAGGUUCAUAUUGAUGUAGAUGACAUUACCUCAUACUGGGUUGAUCAUGUACUGAAAAUUGUUCAGAAUUUGUGACUUGUCUUAUUCUAUUUUUGUGAACAUUCAAUAUACUUGAUUUUAUGAAUUAAAUUGUUUUCAUUUUUUAAACGUUAUUAUGUUAAAAUAAACAUGUUUGUCAAUUUAUUAGAGAUAAUGCAAUAUCAAUAUGUAAAGAACUGUAAAUGUAAAGAAUCUUCCAUAUAUAAGUUAUGUAAUGCUGAUAAUGUUUGAUGAAAAGAGGUGAAUAAACAGUGUUCUACAAUGAAUUAA